AGGCCACCUCUUGGGAGAGCCUCUUGGUUUUCCCUGUCUGACUACCUCCUGUUGGAGUAUUUAAUACGUGUGUUUCUUCUACAUUCAUCCGUACAGCAAGAGACGCCGGUAGCAUCAACACCAAGACAACCACGAAGCUGACAAACUAAUAUUACCCUAACAUUUCCCUAAAGCUCCUACAGCAUCGCCACUCCUCUCACUGUAUGGCAACUCUGCCACCGCCGCUGACGUAAAAACCGGUCGAGAAGACUGAGGUCUUACUGAGCACACCAGCACAGUCCACGGAGGUCGGAGCCACUCAGUGUUGCCUUAGUCCUCACUGGUCACGGGCCUCACUCGGUGCGGGUGUGCUGGACUAUCACCAGAGGCGUGCUGUGAGGAAAGAAAACACCAACGUCCACCACCCACCUUGGCCCCCAUUAGACUAAAACAUGUGGAGUCGGGGCUCGAAUUCUUGGCUUCUCGUAUGCGGGCGAUAUUCCGCCUGUUAGUGCUAGCAAUUGCCACUGGCUUGUACAUAGUGGGGACAGAGGCGCGGGCAGCUAAGUUAAUAUAUCAGGUGAAGAAGAGGAAUUCAGGUACCUCACCCCCCUCACUGCUACAGCGUCCCCCUCACUACUCAUUGGAUAUGCUUGCCUCACUCUCCCUACCCUUGCUACCCUAUGUCAAGGACUUGCAACAUUCGGGGGUUGUAAUGCCUCCUAUCCGACCACAGCCCAGACGACGGACUAGACGGUCAUCGAGGUCAUCGUCUCAAGAGGUGAACUACACGGGCCAGGAGAACCGGAAAUUCCGAGUACAAGGUGACCCUCUCUAUUUAGCACCCUCUUCGUCAGGAAAUUCCCUCCACCUAGAAGCCCAGGAGAGCACCUCACACACUCAUGUGUGUUUCCGCGUCCAUACAUUCGAGGUGCUGAGGCCGUUGGUUGAGGGAGGCAUAGUGGUGAUGCUAGAGACCUUCGCUGGAGGCAAGUUCCUCAGAGGCGCCACAUCUGGGACCCUAUCUCUUAUGUCUGGAGGCAUCAGUGUAAAUAACGUCAGCAGAUUCGACAACAGAUUCUUCCUUCUACACAGUGCGAGAGGAGACACUUACGUCACGAUCAAACACCUCGCUACAGGCCACUUCCUCUCAAGGGGGACAGAGCAGGUCACCCUAGUCAACUCUGACCAGGGCAUCACUGACGAUAUGCGCUUCGAAAUGUUUGACUGCACUCGAUCCUGAACCCUGGACUGAGAAUCCCCACGUCAACAUUGUCUAAAGCGCUGUAAAAUGUCACUCAAGUAAGGAUAGUCCACAGUGGCUGGAACUACCGCACUGCAUGGCAAAGACUCACCGCCACGCGAUUAGCUUAACUGGGCGACAUGACCGUGUUAAAGAAACCACACCUAGCCAAGACACACCCGGGUGGUAAUAAUUAGGAAGCAUUACCGACCGGCGACAUGACCACGCACCUGGACAAACACAGCCGUCCAGAUCUAACCAGUUUAUUGUUAAUUAGGAGAGGUCAUCUGCUUGCUCUCCUCCAAUAUAAAGGCCCUGUAGCUCAAUCCACGCGGAUUACUUUCGUAUCACUGAAGACGAAGUCACGCUCGUCACUAGUCGAGAUCGGGAAGGAGACUUACCUCCCCAGCACCGCGUCUCCAGCUAGCAGUCUCCCAUAGGAGACAUAGUCCAGCAGCACCCGCUGGGCCUCCCUUAAGUCACACGUGAGUCAUUGUCAGAGCUAUCCAUAGGGUGAGUUACUUACGGUGGGAAGUGUAUCCAUUUCAUGUUUGUGUCCGAGAGUCUGUGUUUAGUAACGUAAAUACAGUAUAAUCUGCUAUUAAUGAGUCUGUGUCACUGAGCGAAGAAUGAUGAAAAUGAUUCCGGGACUUAGAAACCUUCCAUAUCAAGAUAGGUUAAAGAAACUAAACUUGCAUUCCCUGGAAAGACGAAGAGUGCGGGGAGAUAUGACAGAAGUAUUUAAG